UGAUGGCGGCUGCCGGCGGCGGCCCCGUGCGGCUGCGGCUGCAGUUCGACCACCCUCCGCCCGCCAGCCCGGGCUGCGCGCUGUGCUGGCUCCUGCUGGAGCCGGGCCAGGCGCGCCUCGUCACCGACCUGCUCAGCCUCAUCCGCCACCGCUUCGGCUUCAGCCGCCGCGCCCGCCUCAGCCUCUUCCUGCAGGGGGCGCUGCUGCCGCCCGCCGAGAGCGCGCGCCUGGUGCGCGACAACGACUCGCUGCGAGUAAAAUUGGAUGACAUAGUUGCAGAUGAUUAUGAAGAGACAGAUGAUGGCUUUACUUACACAACAAAAGAAGACAAAAAAAGGCACAGACACAAGCAGGAUGAGGAAGAAUUCUCUAGAAAUGAAGACAGGCAUAAAAGGAAGAAGAAAAAGGACAAGCAUAAUCUUGAGUAUUCCUCUUGUAGGGAAGAGAGCUCUGUAGAUAUCUGGGACUCUCAAAAAAGGUACACAAAAAGAAAAAGAAAGGAAGAAGUUAGUGGAAAAAACAGACCAGCAGAAGGUAAGGAAGAGAGCUCUACUGCCCAUUCUAAAAAGCUUAAAAAAAAUGAGAGGGAGAAACAGGUGGCAACAAAAAAGAAGGAUGAAAAGCAGACAAAGGCUGCUGCAGCAAAGAUGGCUUUAGAAUGGGGCAAUGAGAACUUUUCUCUAAAUUCUGGUAAAAAUACUACCAAGAAGAUCACAACACAGUCCAGCAAAAAGAGGGUGGAAACUUCAGAUUCCUCCAGCACAUCGUCUGACAGUGACAGCAGUGAGUUAAACAUAAAGCAGAACAAAUCUUCCCAUAAACCCGUAGCGACGACACUUCCCAAAGACAAAUCCCAGGCUGCUGCAAAUUCUGGUGCAAAAACGAAUAAAGUGACUGUAAAGUCUAACACUGAAAAGACUAAGACUGCAGUUAGUAAAAAUGCUAAAAAACCCCAGUCCUCUAGUUCAGAUUCUGACUCGAGUACAGAGGAUGAGAAGGCGACACCAGCACAAGACAGCACUGCAAAGGAAGAGGCUCUGCCGACCAACACGGGGGCUGUAAAAGCCACUACCACGGCUCCCAAAGCAAAGAGCUCCUCUUCAGAGUCUGAUAGUUCGGACUCAGACACACCUGUUACUAAAAAACCCGCGGCAGAUGCUGGACUGAGUAAUUCCACAGUAAGAAACUGUAUCAAACAGUUGCCAACCAGUAUUCAAGGACCCUUUGCCAGCCCAGGCCGUGGAAGGGGGCGUGGAUCGGGAGAGGAUUAUUUCUGGAGAGGACCUAGGGGCCGUGGGUUUCGUGGGAUGAUGAGGGGCCAAGGCCAUGGGAGAGGAGCAAACCCUGGCUUCUUCUACAAUUACAGCAGUGAAGGCCAGAAGCAGAGGCAGUUAAAUGAAUCUGCAACAAAUACUUCUGUUGUUGUCCAGAAUCCCGUGGAGGUUCCCAAGAGAGACUAUAGUGUGUUACCCCUUCUAGCUGCUCCACCCCAAGUGGGAGAAAAGAUUGCCUUUAAGCGCUUGGAACUAACUGAAAAUUACAGUCCUGAAGUUUCAGACUAUAAGGAGGCCAAAAUAAUCAGUUGGAAUGCUGAUAAAAAACAGAUCGAGCUUGAGAUCCUUUCGGCACCAGCAGGACCAAGUACGUACCCUGGGACACCAAAGUCUUCUUGUCCUGUGCAUCACUUGGGAAACAGUCCAAGGCACAGCUUAUGUUUCAGAAGUAUUCCCAGUUUCCUUGGGUUCAUUCUCAACACACCCCUUCCCUCCUCAUUCCCUCCCCAGAGAGUCUAUUUAAAUGGAAAAGCUCCAACCCUUGCCAGUUGAACUGAAGAUGCUCAUGGGCAUUUACAAAAGUGAAUUUCUUCAGUCAGUGUGAGUGCUCAGUAACUCACCUCUACUGAGUCCUGCAGUUGCCAUUGAAGCCAGAAUUUUUCUUAAACUUAAGCAACACAUUAUUACCUUUUCCAUCCAUGUAGCCAUACGAGUCACCUUAAUUUUGAUGUGCAGUCUUCAGCUCUACCUCAGAUUUUUUUUGUUCCAAUUACAAGCCCAGACACACAACUGAAAAACAAAACAAAACAAAACUGGGGUUUGAGGUAAACAUUUAAACUU